CUACUCUCUCCGAAUCAGUAUCUCCUUUUUUCAGCCUCUAUGGUUUUUUAAAAAAAGAGACAGAAGCCUCAAUGCUGGAUGUCGUGCUAUGACAACGUCACUGCUCUUCCGUCCUCGCUGGGUCGACCCGUCGGUGAUGUUCCUCUACGACAACGGCGGCGGUUCCGAUGAAGUGAGCAAGAACAUGGACGCUGGCGGUGGUGGUUUUGCGGGAGGCAACUUUGCGGCAAACCAAUGCAGGAACCUGAUGGCGCACCCCGCGUCCCUCGCUCCGAGCACGGCAUACUCGUCAAGCGACGUCCCAACCUCGGGAAUGGGCGAGCCAUCCAAGCAGUGCAGCCCUUGCUCGGCUGUGCAAAGCUCCUCCAGCGCGUCCCUGCCCUAUGGAUACUUCGGUAGCGGCUACUAUCCGUGCAGAAUGUCGCACCACAGUAGCAUAAAGUCGUGCGGAACGCAGCCCCCCUCUGCGUACGGGGAGAAGUACAUGGACACAUCCGCUUCGGGCGAUGACUUCACCUCUAGGGCCAAGGAGUUCGCCUUCUAUCCGAGCUAUGCGUCGGUCCCAUACCAGCCCGUACCCGGUUACCUGGACGUGCCAGUUGUACCAACUAUGAGCGGGCCAGCAGAACACAGACACGAGCCCCUGCUGCCCAUGGAGAGCUACCAGCCGUGGGCUCUAACUAACGGCUGGAACGGGCAGGUCUACUGCACCAAGGAGCAACCUCAGCUCGGACACAUGUGGAAAUCCUCCAUACCAGACGCGGUGUCUCCUGUGGGAGGGGACCUGAGCUCCUUCCGACGUGGAAGAAAGAAGCGCGUGCCAUACACCAAGGUGCAACUGAAGGAACUUGAGUGCGAGUACGCGGCCAAUAAAUUCAUAACAAAGGACAAACGAAGGAGGAUAUCGGCCCAGACGAACCUGUCCGAGCGACAGGUCACUAUCUGGUUUCAGAACAGACGCGUAAAGGAGAAGAAGGUGGUCGUCAAAGUGAAGAGUAUCAGCUAGUUUUGACUGACAUACAACAAUGGGAUGGGAAUUGAACACACACACACACACACAAUAUGCUAUUCACGCCCUUUGAUUGGAACAAUUUAACCCUUAUUUCCCACCGAACAUGGUUCACAAAUAUACUCUGCCAAAUGCGUUGCCGAGACCUUUAUGGAACGAAAAUGUAGAAAAACUCUGGACCUUCCAUUUUCCUCCAUUGUGUAUUGUUCCCGGUGAAUGGAGACCAAAGCAAGGAGAAAGUUAGGGCCGUAUAAUUUUUGCAACUGGCAUGCAGUAACCUCAGGAAAACAGACACUUCACCGUGUGGAGAAAAAAAAAACAUUUGGAAAUCCCCAGGAAGUGACGGCCUUUAGGAUUACAGCUUCCACGGUUAAAUAUGAAUCCGUUCCAUUUCCCCUUCAACACUCCACUAAACACGUGCAUCUUAAUUUAAAGUUUAGCUUCUUCAAACGGUUCUCCGGCUCUCACUCAUAACCAAUCCAAGGUGCUAUCCCGCUUGUAAUGCAUACAUCAUUUUCUGGGAAAUGUGUGCCCAUGUGAACCAUAUGUCUUUUAUAUUGUGUGUGUGUAUUCAUGUGGUUGUAUAUAAAGGUAAACUAUACAGACAAAACUAUAAUAUGUCAAGGCUAUCUGUGUCUGUUAAAUAUGUCGGUGUAAAACUAUUGACACAAAAAUCUGUCCAAUAAAAUCCGGACAUUGUUGAAUCAUAUAUGAUAUCCACGACCUCUGAUUUG